CAGGGGUCCAGGGCCAGUCUAUACAAGCACUUUCCAUCUCCAUCCAGUCCAAGAUCCAGCAGGACCUUCAGCACCAUCACAGCUUCCCCUUCAGCACACACACUCACACACAGAGGGGAGAAGAUGCAGAAUUCACACAAUAGCCUCGCCAAACAGCGGCAGCAGCAGGCACUGGCCCUCAGCAGAGAAGUCAGAGGAGAGGGCCUGAACCUGGGGAAGAAGGUCAGCGUGCCCAGAGAUGUGAUGAUGGAGGAGCUGAACCUGACGUCAAACAGAGGCUCCAGAAUGUUCCAGGAGAGGCAGAAGAGAGUGGAGAAGUACACAGUGGAAAGCUGUGCUGACGCGUCUACUAUCAUAUACGACAAUCAUUUUCAGAGCCAGCUCCAGAACCAGGAUCAGACAGCCGAACACCUACAUGGAGGGAAGGAGAACCUGGUGUACCCCGUACCUGGUAAACACAGUCUGGUUACCACUCUGAAGAAAACUGUGGCCAAGAAAGGCAGCCCCAGCGUCCUUGCUCCAGGUUACUCUGGUCCUCUGAAGGAAAUUCCACGUGAGAAGUUCAACACCACAGUAAUUCCCAAAUCCUACUGCUCACCCUGGAGACAGGCACUGGGAGACAACGAGGAGCUCCUGUCCUCCUUAAACACAGAGCUACCUCCACCAGAGAAACUGCAGCCUGCUAACUACAGAUGCUUCAACAGAGUUGCCAUGCCUUUUGGGGGUCCCAUGCACAGCACCAAGAGAGUGAUCCCAAUCAUCAACUUUGAGGCUCUGGAAUCCCAAAACCUGCCUGGCCUGGCGCUGAACAGGAUGUCCAAAAGACGCGACUUCAACAGAGCACCUCGAGGAUGGGGCACCGACUUUGCACCUGAAUCAAACGAACUCUGAACCCACCUGCCUGCUGUUUACCUGUGGCUGAGAGCCUGUAGCACCUGCCUGUUGAUGUGUCUGUCCCAAGAUCUUGAACAAAACCCCUGGAAAUGCUGCUGUAGUUGGCAGAGCAGAGGAGGCCAGUGUUCUCCACCAGGGUGUUCUCCCAAACAUACUGGAUACUUAGCAUCAGUGCUAGCCAGCAAUGUACACAGAGCAGAGAAGAUUCUAGUGUGAAACAGAUUUAUGCUGGUGGUUUAAGUAGCUUUUAAAAACUAGAGGUGUAAAACCGGUCUCCACAGUGUGGCUGCUGGUUUUCAUUCCAGAAAUGUAGAAGCUCAUCUGAACAAUUGAUUAAACAAGUAAAAUCAG